ACUGUGAAGAUGCCGCAGUUACUGGGAAACAUUAACGGGAUCAUUGAAGCCUUUGAACGCUACUCCAGGACUGAAGGGGGCUGUGCUGUGCUUAGUCGAAGCCAGCUGAAAAAGCUCCUGGAGCAAGAAUUCGCUGAUGUCAUUGUGAGACCCCACGACCCGGCCACGGUCGAUGAAGUGUUGCGCCUGUUGGAUGAGGAUGGCACAGGGACUGUGGACUUCAAAGAAUUCCUUGUCUUGGUGUUCAAAGUUGCCCAGGCCUGUUUCAAGACACUAAAUGAGAAUCCCGAGGGAGCCUGUGGAUCAAAGACAUCUGGAAGCCAUCCCACCGGGGCCUUCCAAGAGAAAGGAGGACAGAAGAAAGACUCUGAGCGGGGAAGGGCUGGGCACAGCCAGGGCACCAAGGAGAGCACCCUUGGACAGUCACAGAUUUCCAAAGGGCAGGGCCAGGCAGCGGCUAAGGGCCAGGGCCAGGGCAGCAGCAGAGACAGGCAGCCCAGAGCUCAGAGCCAGCUGGCGGGAGGAGACAAGAGCCAUGAGACCAGUGAGAGACAGUCACAGACCAUGAAACAGGAAGGAUCCCACCAGACAGGCAAGAGUGUGACCAGAACUGGAACCCAGACACAGAUGGGGUCUCAUGGCCAGACACAUACCCAGACCACAGAGCAGAACAGGCACCAUCAAACCGGAAAUAUCAGCAACCCGACUCAGCAAUCCACCUAUGACCAGAGCAGAUGGACGGAGACCCACGGGCGAGACAGGAACCAGACAAGUCAGGUGGUGACAGGACAAUCGCAGACACAGACGGGGUCUCAUGGCCAGACACAUACCCAGACCACAGAGCAGAACAGGCACCAUCAAACCGGAAAUAUCAGCAACCCAACUCAGCAAUCCACCUAUGACCAGAGCAGAUGGACCGAGACCCACGGGCAAGACAGGAACCAGACAAGUCAGGUGGUGACAGGACAAUCGCAGACACAGACGGGGUCUCAGAGCCACACUGUGGAACAAGGCAAGAACCCAACAUCAGGCCAGGCACAGACUCAGACACAGUCAGGCAGUGGGCCCAAAUGGACACAUGUGAGCAACCACCAGGCAGGACAGACAGUGCAGGAGGGACAGGCCCAGACUGGACCGAGCACUGGGAGACAGGAGGGGAGCAGCACUCGCCCAGAGUGCAGUGGGACUGGAGGGCAAGGAGAGAAGGAGUCCACAGUGGUUCAUGGGGAGUGGGUUGAUGACCACACAAGGGAGACGGAGCGAAGGCAAGGAGAGAACGAGUCCACGGUGGUUCACAGGGAGUGGGUUGAUGACCACACAAGGAGGAUGGAGCGAAGGCAAGGAGAGAACGAGUCCAUGGUGGUUCACGGGGAAUGGGUUGAUGACCACACAAGGGGAACGGAGCGAAGGCAAGGAGAGAACGAGUCCACGGUGGUUCACGGGGAAUGGGUUGAUGACCACACAAGGGGGACGGAGAGAAGGCAAGGAGAGAACGAGUCCAUGGUGGUUCACGGGGAAUGGGCUGAUGACCACACCAGGGAUACAGAAAUCCAAGGGCAGGCCCAGGGCAGCCUACACACUAGUGUGCCUUCAUUCCAGGGCCAGGAGUCAGUCCAGCAGGAAGUGAAGGGAGGCAUCAGUGGACUCUAUUCCUACUUUAAGCGUACCAAGCCAUGAGUGUCCCUCCUCCCCACCCCCCAUGAACUACAGUGCUAGGAAAGGGAUAGCUAG